CGGGGCGGCAGCACCAUGGAGAGCUGCCGGGCCCUGGCGCUCUGCGCCGUGGCGGCCGCGCUGCUGCUCAGCGCCCGCGGGCAGGGCUCGGCCCCGCCGCGCCGCGCCCGGGACCUGGGAGCGCCCGGCGGCGGCGGCGCCUCCCGGGAGAAGGAGCUGAUCGAGGCGCUGCAGGAGGUGCUGGAGAAGCUGAAGAGCAAGCGGGGACCGCACUACGAGAAGAAGUUCGGGCAAGUGCCCAUGUGCGACGCCGGGGAGCAGUGUGCCGUGAGGAAGGGGGCCCGCAUCGGGAAGCUCUGCGACUGCCCUCGGGGGACUUCGUGCAAUUCCUUCCUCCUCAAGUGCCUGUAAGCAGGGACGCCCCGGGACAAGCCGCUGGGAGCAGGCACCGACGUCUGGCCGCCCGACGUGCCGGCCUGGGGUGACAGCGACGACUUCCCGCAGCACUUUCGCCCGAGAAACGCAGCGAGAAGCCCCCGCGUCGCCCAUGUAACGCCGUCCGUGACAUCCGACAUCCGUGGAGCUGUUUUCUUUCUCUCCCCCGUCCCACCUCUUCCCCUCCCUCUCCUCCUCCUCGCUUGUUUUUGUCCGUCCAGGGAAAUCCUGGGCCGCGCCUUGGCGAGUAGAGGUGCCGAUCCCGGGAACUGCAGUGCCGGUGCACAGCCGAGUGGUGCCGAGCCGUGCCGGGAAGCGGGACUGGCCCCGUGCCGUGCCCCGGGCUGUCCGGCCCUUUCCUCGCGCUGGGAACAUCCACCCGCUGCCGGCUGGAGGAGCUGGGGCCAGGGGAUUCCCCUGGGUGGUUGGGGGUAAGAUGG